AUGGCGUCCUCUGUGUCUUCCUGUCACCAUGUCCUUUCCUCUUUCUCUUCAAAGAAGAGCAGCAACCCAAACAAUGUGAAAAGUCAGCUCUCUUCUUCGCUUUGGGGCUCUCCCAUAAGCAUAAGCAGCUUGUUCUCUUCAAACCCCAACACGUCCCUGCAAUUCCAAACUCGCAGACGUCUCAGUGUCAUCGCCAUGGCUCCCCCAAAAGCCAAGCCCGGUGGAAAAGCCAAGAAGGUGAUUGGAAUGAUAAAGCUGGCAUUGGAGGCCGGAAAGGCCACGCCUGCUCCACCAGUUGGCCCUGCUCUGGGUUCUAAGGGUGUCAAUAUCAUGGCUUUUUGUAAGGAUUACAAUGCCAGGACAGCGGACAAGGCUGGUUAUGUCAUUCCAGUUGAAAUCACCGUCUAUGAUGAUAAGAGUUUCACUUUCAUAUUGAAGACCCCGCCUGCUUCGGUUUUGCUGCUUAAGGCCGCAGGAGUGGAGAAAGGUUCAAAAGACCCACAGCUGGAGAAGGUGGGAAAGGUCACCAUUGAUCAGUUGCGUACAAUUGCACAAGAAAAGCUGCCAGACUUGAAUUGCACCACUAUAGAAUCAGCAAUGAGAAUUAUAGCAGGCACUGCAGCUAAUAUGGGGAUCGACGUCGAUCCUCCUGUUCUAGAACCAAAAAAGAAGGAAGUUCUGCUGUAG